AUGAGGGACCGGCUGGCGGAGCUGCGGCAGCGAGCGGCGGCCGAGGGGGACCCGCACGACGACUCCCCGCGCUUCGACAACCCCGCGUUCGUCGGGGACGACGCCAGCCCCGUGGGCCGGGCGCUGCGGGAAGCGGCCGAGCUGUGGCGGGCGCUGGAGCGGCUGGAGCAGCUCUCGGAGAGCAUCGACAGGACGCAGCAGUCGGUGCUGUGCUGCACCUCGGAGGAGAGCAUCGCCCGCGAGAAGAGCGGCCUCGGCGCGGCCCGGGCCGCCUUCGCCCGCCAGGCCGCGGCCCUGCAGCCCCAGCUGGGAGCGCUGCCGGCGGCCCCGGCCGGGGGCUCGGGGCGAGCGGGGCCCCGCGUCCGCCAGACCCAGCUGUGGCUGCUGCUGCGCCGCUACGGCGCCGUCCUCGCCCGCCACUACGCCCGGGAGAGCCGCUACCGGCACCGGCUGAAGGAGCAGAUCCAGAGGCAGGCGGAGCUGGCGGGCAUCAACCUUGGCGCCCAGGACGUGGAUCUGCUGGCCGAGAGCCCCCAGGGGCCUCGCAUCGUCGGCCGCGAUCUGGAGGAGCUGAAGGCCAAGCAUCACCUGGGCCUGGCCCAGGCGCGCCAGCGGCAGCUGCUGGAGCUGGAGGCGCAGAUGCUGGAGCUGCGAGGGCUGUUCGUGCAGCUGGAGGGGCUCCUGGCCCAGCAGCACGGCGCUGCCGACAGCGUGGAGCAGCACGUCCUGCGCACCCUCGACUACGCGGCCCAGACGGGCGGCGAGGUGAAGAGAGCCGGCAAAUACCAGCGGCCGUCGCGGCGCUCGGCCCUGCUGACUGCGGCUCUCGGCCUCUGCUCCUGCUGCCCCUGCCUGCCCUGCCCCGGCCGGGGCCUGCGCUGA